UGUUUUAUUUCAUCACUAACAGAAAUUUAUUGUAAAUUUGCAAAAUGGAAGAGCUAUUAAAUGAUGUGGUACCUCAGGAGGAUUUGGAGAGAUUUGAAAAAAAGUAUCAUCAUGAACAAGAACUCGAUGGAGAGGUCUCGACAGAAACAAAGUUCGAGUAUGCCUUUUGUUUGGUUCGCAGUCGCUACACAAAUGAUAUACGCAAGGGUAUUAUGAUAUUGGAGGAGUUGGCGCGACUACAUCCAGAUGGACGCCGCGACUAUAUCUACUAUUUAGCGUUUGGAAAUGCCAGAAUCAAAAAUUACACAGAGGGGUUGAAAUACUGUAGAGCUUUUCUUGAAAUUGAGUCGAAUGACCAAGUGCGGUCGUUAGAGGAAUACAUAAAAAAACAAAGUGACAAGGAAAUCGCAAAGGGUAUGGCUGUUGCUGGUGGCGCAGCUCUUGUGCUUGGCGGUAUAUUGGCUAUAGCUAUGGCUAAAAAGUAAUACCACUAUUGCUUUAAAAAAAAGUACAUACAUUUAUUAUUAACCGAAACCGAGACAAAUAGUGAAUUCAAGUCCCAUAGAUACAAUUUGCUGGAAUUUAAUUCCUACAUAACGAGUUAUAACCUACGUUGACGUUGCAGACCCCUUGAUGACGCAUUGCUUGUCUAGCUUUAGGAUGACUAAUUUCGGAUCAUACACACAUAUAUGUAUAUCAACAUUUCUUUUGUGAUUAUUUAUACAUUCGUCGAUUUAACAAUUGUUAUCUGCACCCUAUUAUAAAUUAAAAUUAAAGGUUACACACAAUUUGUUUGCGAAUUAA